AUGAAUUGCACUUAUCAUAUUCAAAAUCCCGCCAUUUUGAUAUGUAUGGUUCCUCACAAGUGCGAAUGCUAAAGGAAACUUUGUGUAGAAUGCCUUGAUGAACAUAAUGUAGAUGCUAGACAUACAUUAACCCUCAAAAAAUUUUAAGAAAUGGCUCUGAAAAACUUAAAAGACUCCAAACUUGAUGAAACAUCUGAGUUUACCAGAUAGAGAAAAGAUUUUAAAUCCUUGCUUUCUCAAACCGAAUAAAUGUUGAAGAAAAUUUGGGAGGAGUUUUCACAAUCAAUCAAGUAAGUAUAUGAUUGGAUUGAAAUGGAAAACUAAACAUUCAUUCGUCCCAUAAACUUAAAUGUUAAUCUAGCAGAAUCUUCUUACACUGACUUAGAAAAAUUAGUAUAUAUUGUUCAAGGAACAAUUUUAAAUAAAUGGAAUGCCGACAAAAAUUUUUAGAUGGAGUUAAAAAAGACAAACUAUUGGGGGGACAAUCCCAUUAAGACUUUUAUCGAAAAGUCGAAAGAAGGAAUCCAAUUGCUCUCUAGGAUUUAACCAGGUUAUGAAUAGAAAGAGGAUUUGUAUGAUAUUCUCAAUUAAACAAAAGAUAUGGAUACAUCAAUAUUUAGCUUAAUUACUAAAAUGCUUGAUAAAUAAAAAAUUUCUGAUAGUUUAGAAGUUUUAUCUAAAAAUGAUAAUCAGGAGCUUUACUAUAAAUAUAUCAAAACAGAAAAGAACUAAUAUUAGGUGAAUAGGAAAAUUAAGUGUUUUAAGUAUUUGAUGUAUAAUAUUUAUCAACAUGACUUUAACAUCUCACUGUAUUUGAUAAUAAAUUUAUAUAAUGUGGAUCGAAUGCACUUUAAUUAUUGGUAAAAUGAAAACUGA